AGGGGGCGUUUCUCCGUUGUUCGCUUCACCACGAGCGCCAUCCUGUCCGCCGUCGUAGCAAAAAUAAAGACACAACAUUUAUGCUUCUCGGACAGGUUACAAGACAUUUCUUUUAGUCGGCACAUCAGGGUCUAAAUUUGAGCUGCCUGAAACAUGGCGCCGACCAUUCAAACUCAGGCCCAGCGCGAGGACGGACACAGCAGGCCGUCCUCUCACAGGACUGUCCCUGAGAGGUCAGGAGUCGUCUGCCGUGUGAAGUACUGCAACAGCCUCCCUGACAUCCCCUUUGACCCCAAAUUCAUCACAUAUCCAUUUGACCAACACAGGUUUGUACAGUAUAAGGCGACCUCUUUGGAGAAGCAACACAAACAUGAGCUUCUGACUGAACCAGACCUAGGAGUCACCAUUGAUCUCAUAAACCCUGAUACCUACCGCAUAGACCCCAGCAUAUUGUUAGAUCCAGCUGAUGAGAAACUGCUGGAAGAAGACAUCCAAGCUCCAUCCAGUUCAAAGAGGUCACAGCAACAUGCAAAAGUUGUUCCAUGGAUGAGAAAAACGGAGUACAUUUCCACAGAGUUUAACAGAUACGGUGUCUCUAAUGAGAAAGUGGAAGUCAAGAUUGGAGUUUCUGUCAAACAACAAUUCACAGAAGAAGAGAUUUACAAAGACAGAGACAGUCAGAUUUCGGCCAUUGAGAAGACAUUUGAGGAUGCACAGAAAAAUAUUGCUCAGCACUACAGUAAACCUAGAGUUACUCCUGUAGAGGUAUUACCCGUGUUCCCAGAUUUUAAGAUGUGGAUCAACCCCUGUGCUCAAGUUAUUUUUGACUCUGAUCCUGCUCCAAAAGACAUAUCAGGACCCGCGGGAGUCGAAAUGAUGUCCCAGGCCAUGAUUAGGGGCAUGAUGGAUGAAGAAGGUAAUCAGUUUGUGGCCUACUUCCUGCCCAAUGAAGAAACUCUUCGGAAACGCAAAAGAGAUUGUGAGGAGGGCGUGGAUUAUAUGCCCGAGGACCUGUAUGAUUACAAGAUCGCCAGAGAAUACAACUGGAAUGUUAAGAACAAAGCCAGCAAGGGUUAUGAAGAAAACUACUUCUUCAUCUUCCGAGAUGGCGAUGGUGUUUAUUAUAAUGAACUUGAAACUAGAGUGCGUCUAAGUAAGAGAAGAGCUAAGGCAGGAGCACAGUCCACCACAAAUGCUGUGCUGGUUUGUAAGCACAGAGACAUGAAUGAGAAAGAACUUGAAGCACAGGAAGCUCGUAAAGCUCAGUUGGAGAACCAUGAACCAGAAGAUGAAGAGGAAGACAUGGACAUGGAUAAAGACAUGCAGGACUCUGGUGAUGAAAAAGAGAAGGGAAGUGGCAGUGAUGGGGACAACUUUGGCAGCGAUUCCGAAGGAGAAGAUGAAGAGCAGGAGCAAAGAGAAGAGGAUGAGGAGGAAGAGGACCGAGGGAAGCGGAGGAGGAAGAGCAGUGGCAGUGGCAGUGAAAGUGGUGAGGAGCGCACCAGAGAGAUGCGAGAUGAAGAGGAAAUCUUUGGCAGCGACGAUGACAGUGAUGAAAAUGAGCCCAAGAACUCAGUGCGGAGCAGCGGAGAUGAAGGCAGUGGCAGUGAGGAUGAGGGGGCAAACAGAGGAGGCAGCAGAAGUCGGAGUGCUUCUCCAGCUCACAGUGACCACAGCAGUGCCCAUUCAGAGGCACGUGCUCAGAGCGCCAGCGGCAGUGAGCAUGCUUCAGACUCUAGUGAUGCCAGUGACAGUGAAUAAAGUCUGUACGCAGGGAAACUCUGAUGAACAGAUACCACUGCAAUUUCUCUCUGCUCCUUACACACCCAGGUGACUUCAUCGCUAGUUGCAACAUUAAUCCAUUCUUGGGGGGGUAUUCUCUUAAUUACAGCUAAUGAUUAUUAAGGAACAUUUAGUCAAAAUGCCUUUUUUUUGUAGAUUCAAACAUUUUGAAGAACCAUGUAAAUGUCUAUACCCUCCUCCUGCCACUGUGGUACAACUUUGUAAUUAAUAAAAUGCGGGUGACGUUUUCUACA